AAACAACACCAUAAAUGGCAUGAAAGUAUUUUUUAUAUGGAAGUACAGAUACAGAAAAACAGCCAACUAGGCGAGUUUCCUUGAAAAGCAAAAACACCUGCACAUACUGUGAUCAUGGGUGCUACACCUUCUAAGGAUAAUGAACAGAUUGAGAAAAAGGAAAAAACAUAUUGUGAAUGUGAGCUCAGGCAGAGACGUGGAUGUUUGCAGAAAAAUCCUAACUUGAGAAAUGACAAAGAAGAUUCAGAAGAGAAGACACCAAAAGUAUACAUAGAACUCCAAAAAUUUGUAGUGAUAUUGAUGGCUGUAGUUGCAGCACUUAUUGGUUCAGUUGUUGGAGCUCAAAAUGGAGUUUCAGGGUCUUGCAAGGGAAUAAUCUGCGGUGUUCUUGUAGGGAUUAUACUUUCAAAAUUGAUAUCAUUAAUUCAUGGCAACAUAUGAUUUUACAUUACUUUAACUCAUAAAAAUAAGUUAAGCAAUUUUAAUUUUUCUUUCGGACUGUUAUACGAGAUUCAAUUAGCUAGUUUUUUUUUUUAGUCGGUUUAAUGUAAUUUAACUUGAAAUGACUUAUACAGCUAAGUUGAUUGUACUUAAAAUUUUAAGGUAGCAAAUGAAAAGUUUUUUUUUUUUUUUUUUUUUUUUUUACAGUAUAAUGUAUAUUUUGACAGUAUAAUGAUUUUUUUACAGUAUAAUGUAUACAUUUACAUUUAAAUUUAUUCACUCUUUUAUCCAAAGAAACCUACACAUUGUACAUCAUAAGCACUUGAAUCAUGAGCUGCAAAGUUUGAAAAUUGAACAGAUACAUGCUAGUACAGAUAUAAAACUACAAACAGAAAAGUAUUUUCUUGUUUUUAAGUAAAAAUAUAUUUGAGAAUGUGCAGGGGUAACACAGAGUUACAUAAUCAGAUUUUACAGAGUUAACUUUUUUUCAAGUAACUAGUAAAGUAAUGCAUUACUUUUAAAUUUACAACAUAUGAGUUACUUUUUCACACAAGCAAGCCCAGAUGAGAUAAAGUAACACAAAUACAAUGUAACACAUUAUUUUCCAUUAAAAGUAACUAACGCAACCAGUUACUUUUUAGGGUGUAACACAAUAUUGUAAAUGCAUUACUUUUAAAAGUAACUUUCCACAACACUGGCAUUAUGUAUAUAUUUUCUUGAAAACUGAGGGACAGUUUGUACAAGGUUGACACUGGACAUACUGUACUGUAGAUCUGAACUGAAAAACAGAAAAAAGGGCAAAAAACAGCUAGUGAGAGUAAGCGAUAAAAGACAUUUACUACACUAAUACUCUCCUGAAUGAAACACUGCAUAGGACAGUAGGGUGAAUACAGGUAAAGUGGGAUUUAUACUUAUGUUCUUGCAUCACUAAAUACCAGCAUUCAUCCUAAACUAUGCCUCUUUAGUUCUGACAUCAUUUCUGUGGGCAUAUACCACAUUUAGACAGCUUUGUAUGCUUUAUAUUUUAAAGAUGUGCAUCUGAGGAAGCUAAAAAGCAGGUGUUUGCUAGAUUUUGUGCACUGUUGUGUUGAUGGAUUUGCCUGAGCAAUUGUGUAAAAAUGGAAAGUGGAGUCCAAAACUACAGUAAAAACAGGAACAUACUCUAUAAACAUGCUACACUCAUAAUGUUUUCCUUAUGCAUUUUUUAAAUUGUCUUUGAAGGAUCUUACAUUGCAGGCGAUUUUUUAUUUUUUUUUAACACAGCAUGUUUCUCAUAUGUCAAGGGGCUUUAAAUGACUGUACAAGCACUAUGUAAAUAAAAUUUAUUUGGACUAAAAUAAUUUUUGUUUGUUUAGGAUUUUAUGUAUAGGUUACUAGUCUAAACUAUACCCAUGGCCCAGUAAGCAGAUAACCUACUGUAAGGUUUUGGAAAAUAUAUUGACAUUUAAUGUUAUUUCACUGCAGUUUAAUGGUAAAUCAUUCAUAAAGACACAUAUGUCAAACAAUCUCAGGCCAUUUUCCAUUUCUGGAGUUUGCACGCACCUACUUGCAACAAUUUACUGAUAGAAAGAGCUAUAGCUCUGGUAUAAGGAAGAGUUCAUUCAUGGAACUACGGAGAGAUUAAAUUCAUUAUUCACUGGCAAUAUUCUCUUUUGUUGACUCCCAUUUGUUUGUGCAUUCAUCCUUUAUGCAUUUAUUAAAUGUAAACUAUUUACGAUAUAAUAUGCUUUCUAGUGAGGUUCAGUUUUGUGGGCCGAAGAGCGCCCUCUGCUGUCAGCGCCUCAUAUGUCCACCGGAAGGAAAUACAACGUGGUGCGUCCCGGAAAUACGCGGGGCAGAUGGAAACUGCUGGUGGCGCGAAAUCUCUGGUCAUUCGUAGGUGAAGAUGAGCAAACGCAGAUCAGCCACUCUCACUGAAGCCCAGUGUGUCUCUCUGGCUCAGAAGCUCCUGCGUGAGAGACUGUGUCACCAGAAGCUGCCAGAUCAGCCCGCGGGUCUGGACUCACAGCACAAGCACUUGCUGGAGCUGUUGAGACGUACUGCUGUUCAUGGAGAAGGCAACUCCGUCCUCAUUGUUGGUCCACGAGGAUCUGGCAAAACUAUGCUGCUGGGUUGUGUCCUCAGAGAGCUCAUGAGUCUGAAGGAAGUGCAGAAGAAUGUCCUUCUGGUGGAGCUGAACGGUCUUCUGCAGACAGACGACAAAAUUGCUCUGAAAGAAAUCACUCGCCAGCUGCACCUGGAGAACGUCGUAGGAGACAAAGUGUUUGGGAGUUUUGCAGAGAAUCUGGCUUUUCUUUUGGAAGCGCUCAAGAGAGGUGACAAGAGCAGCAGUCGCCCUGUGCUGUUCGUGUUGGAUGAGUUUGAUCUGUUCGCUCAUCACAAGAACCAGACGCUGCUCUAUAACCUGCUGGAUGUGUCUCAGUCUGCGCAGACGCCUGUCGCUGUGGUGGGACUCACCUGCAGACUGGAUGUGCUGGAGCUGCUGGAGAAGCGAGUGAAGUCUCGAUUCUCUCACAGGCAGAUUCAUCUGUUCAGCUCGCUCACGUUCAGUCAGUAUGUGGAUGUGGUUCGCGCUCAGCUCAGUUUGCCAGAGGACUUCCCAGAUCCCAAAUUCUCCAAUGAGUGGAACCACAGCGUCAUGAAAUUAUGUGAAGAUAAGUCGGUUGAGGAGGUUUUGAAGAGAAACUUUAACUCCAGUAAAGAUUUCCGCUCUCUGCAUUUGCUGCUGUUUCUGGCUGUAAGUCGAGUGUCGGUCUCUCAUUCGACUCUACGUGAGGCUGAUCUGCUGGAGGCCAGUCGCUUGAGUUCAGCUGAUUCCAAAGCAAACGUUCUUCAUGGUCUGUCUAUUCUAGAGCUGUGCUUGAUUAUUGCCAUGAAACAUCUGAAUGACACUUAUGAUGGAGAACCCUUCAAUUUCCAGAUGGUUCAUAAUGAGUUUAAGAAGUUCAUUCAGAGGAAGUCUCACUCCAUUCAUAAGUUUGAGAAGCCCGUGGUGAUGAAGGCGUUUGAGCAUCUGCUGCAGCUGGAGCUGGUUCGUCCGGUGGAUGCCGGCGUGUGUAAAGUGCAGCGCGAGUAUCAGCUAAUGAGACUGAUGCUGGAACAUGGUCAGGUGAUGGAGGCGCUGCAGAGGUACCCACAAUGCCCCACAGACGUCAAACAGUGGGCCCUCUCGGCCUUCGGCUGACACUGCCAUCUUUAAUUGCUAAAAUAUGCAUUUUGUAAAAUUUAAUGUAUUUGUAUAGUUUGUAUUUGCAAUAAAAAAUAAGUUAAUAUAA